AUGAUGGAACGAAUAGUUGAGCGUGAUGAUAAUUCAAUAGAUAUAUUAACAUUAGAUACACCGAAUUUGGCAAAUGUUCUUUCAUCGAGUGAAUUCCCAUCCACAGCUGAAAUAAUUCAAAAGUGUAUAUCUGUUAAUCCUUUUGAGCUGAAAUUUCGUGAAGCUAAUCGUCGAAUCAGUCAGUUCCCCGCAAAUCUUUCUUUGCCCACAACGGCAGGUAUUACUCUUUUAAAAUUGCCAUCUACUUUGGCUCAUUCACCAACUAUAUUCUCAAAUAUAAACGUGUUAUCAGCAGAUUUUGAAAAUGAAGGUUUUAAAACAGCCGAACUUUCACGAUUGGUUCAACAGGGGGAAUUUUUUUUAUCAUUCCUUUCAUCUCAGAUUUCACGAUCCCCUAGAACGGCUGAUGUUUUGAAUGCAGUAUUAGAUAUGCAUACUGAUAGACUGAGUACUAUUGGUUAUGGGAAUGCAACAAUAGCUACAUCUCGACCUCUGCAACCUUCAGUUGCAUCUUCCUUAUUAUCAGGCGCAAUUCCAUCGACAUCAGCGAAUUCAGAUACGCGUUCUUCACUGAUUUUUUGUCCACCAUGUUCUUCUUCAUCACCCUCCAAUUUGCUUACCUCAUUCGUGACCGCGAAUAACCCGUCUUCUCUUGAUUCCACCUUAUUUUCCCAGGCAGUUAUUUCAAGGCCUCAGAGCACCAUGCCUUCUGCUCAACAACCUGUCGAUGUAUCUCUGCAAACCCUAAGUCGUAGUGGUCGUGGUCGUGGCCGUUCAUCUCUUGCCUCAGAGCUGCCACCGGAUGAACGUCGUGUCACCAUACUUGAGAGAAAUAAGGCUGCAGCGGUGCGAUAUCGAAAACGUAAAAAAGAAGAGCACGACGAGAUGAUCACUAGAGUUCACGUACUUCAGCAGGAAAAUGUUGCACUUUCAACUCAAAAUCAAGUUCUUCGGCGGGAACUAGAACGAGUUAACGAAAUGCUAAAAUUGCACGAAUCUCGUUGCGUUUGUCGUUUGGGGAAUGAUGGCCUUCGAGCAGGAUCACCAGCUAAAGUUGAUAUAAUGUCUAAUACGAACCAACAUGAAACUUCUAGUUACUUGCCCCAGCAACUAUUGAUGAUGAAAUGA